UCCGCCCCCUCCGCUCCAGCCUCUCUUUCUUGGAUAGGGAUAAGGGACUAGUGACUCUGAGUCUCGAGCUGUCGUUCGUCUGGCAGAUUUUCUGUUACUGUACAGUAGUUGCUAGCUAGCAAGCUAGCCAACAACACACCAACAAAGACGUUUCGAUAUUUUCAAGAUGUGAGAUAAGCAAUUAUCUCAGUACCGUCGUCGUAAUGUAAGAAAGAGAGUGACGACUUUCCAGAUAGCUCCCCAGCCAAAUGGGCAAAUGAACAUCAAUUUAACAUUACAUUUAUUUUCGCAAUCGGGUGAGAUUGGAUUUUAAAACGGAGUCCUUCCGACAUCAAGUGUAUCCCCCGAACCUGGAUAUUGGAAUGGUGUGUGCUGGUUUAGGAGAUGCACCAUGUGUUUAGAGGCUGUGAGCCGGACAGGCCUGUCUGGCUCGGAGCACCGAUAAUCUGGAGAGUUCCGGGGAGCCAACGACCCGCUCAGUGGGCACCACUGCCAACCUGAAGGGGAAGAUGAACAAGAGGCUGUCUAUCGUGAAAGGCCACUUCCCCAAGCUGGUAGAUUGUGCUCAUUUCCACUAUGAGAAUGUUGAAUUUGGAUCCAUCGAGCUGCAGUUUGCGAGUGAGCAGAGUGAUGCUAAUUGGAGCUCGGGAUCUGCCAAAGACAUGGUCUUCCUGGUGCAGGUGUCCUGCCAGGGGAAGACAUGGAUGGUGCGUCGCUCCUAUGAGGAGUUUCGCACUCUGGACGCACACCUGCACCAGUGUAUCUACGACCGCCGCUACUCCCAGCUACUGCCCCUCCCCGCCAUCCACGAGAUCGGAGACAGGCUGGAGAUCUUCACUCCCCUGCUGUCAGAGUACCUGAGUCGCCUCUCCAUGAUUGUGGACAACAAGCUUAACUGUGGACCUGUCCUCACCUGGAUGGAGAUCGACAACCGCGGGAACCGCUUCCUGCUGAAGGAGGAAGCCUCGCUCAACGUCCCGGCCAUUGCCGCUGCCCACGUCACCAAGCGCUACAACGCGCAGGCCAGCGACGAGAUCUCCAUCGAGGUGGGAGAUAUCCUAUCAGUGAUUGACAUGCCACCUAAAGAGGACACCAGCUGGUGGAGAGGCAAGCAUGGUUUCCAGGUGGGCUUUUUUCCAAGUGAGUGUGUUGAGCUUAUUAAUGAAAAGCUGCCUCAAUCCGUCAAUCCUUCCGCCGCCAAGACAGACGCUGAUCCAGUCAGCUCCAAACCUGCAACUAGCAGCUCUCCUGGACCCCCGUCUCCCACAUCAGUGUCUAAAAAGCACGGCAAGCUGAUCGGCUUCCUGAGGACCUUCAUGAAGUCGCGUCCCUCCAAGCAGAAGCUCAAGCAGAGAGGCAUCCUGAAGGAGAGGGUGUUUGGCUGUGACCUGGGGGAACACCUCCUCAACUCUGGACUGGAUGUCCCCCAGGUGCUGAAGAGCUGCUCAGAGUUCAUUGAGCAGCAUGGAGUCGUAGAUGGCAUCUACAGACACUCUGGAGUCUCCUCCAACAUCCAAAAACUCAGGCAUGAGUUUGACAGUGAGAACGUGCCAGACCUGACCAAGGACAUGUAUAUGCAGGACAUCCACUGUGUGGGCUCACUGUGCAAGCUGUACUUCAGAGAGCUGCCCAACCCCUUGCUCACAUACCAACUCUACGACAAGUUUGCCGACUGCAUGGGUGAGUUGACGGACGACGAGCGCAUGGUGAAGGUCCAUGAUGUCAUCCAGCAACUGCCCCCACCCCACUACAGGACCCUGGAAUAUCUGUUCAAACACCUGGCUCACCUGGCCACUUGUAGUGGAGAGACCAACAUGCACAUCAAGAACCUGGCCAUCGUCUGGGCUCCCAACCUGCUAAGGUCGAUGGAGAUCGAGGCGGUGGGCCUGAGUGGAGCCGACCCCUUCAAGGAGGUGAGGAUCCAGUCGGUGGUGGUGGAGUUCCUCCUGAGCAACGUCAACGUGCUCUUCAGCGACUCCUUCACCUCCGUGGGGCGCUUCAGCGUAGGCCGCCAGUCUCUAAGCAGACCCAAGUCAUUUGUGUCGACACGGCUCUUGUCCCUGGAGGAAGCCCAGGCCAGGACCCAGGCUCCCCUGCAGCUACAGGGGACCCCCCUCUCCCUGCAAGGACAGUACCACACUGUCCUGGACCUCCCCGUUGACAGAAGGAAGAGGGAGAUAAAGAGGGGGAAGGCAGGCGGGGGAAGCUGGAAGACUUUCUUCGCCAUCGGGAAGCCCAUGGGGGCGGGGCGGCGUAAACCCAUGAGGAUCAGCUCUCUGUUCCAGCCAACCACCUCGCACGCUGGUUGCCGUGUCGACAGUGUGACUCUGAGGUCAGCCAAGAGCGAGGAGUCUCUGUCGUCCCAGCACAGCGGAGCAGGUCAGUCGAAGGCGCAGCGCCUGCGCAGGCCUCGCUCUAGCAGCGACGGCCUUUCAUUGGCCUCCGCCAUGGACCCCCAGCUCCUCCCCCAGAGGCCUCCGUCCCGCCUGCCGUCCAGCCGCUCGUACGACAGCCUCCUGCCCGACGACCGGCCUCGCCCUGGGGAGGAGGGCGACGAUGAAGACGAAGAGGAUGAUGAGGACAAAGAGGGCGUCUACAUGCUGCCGGACCUCUCUCGGACAGACCCCGCCCCUUCCUGGCACGACGAGGACGUCAUUGACUUUAGCCCCACCUUCCUGGAGGACGGGCCAAUCGGUGUGGCCAGCACUAGGGAUUCUCCGCCCACAGCCAGCCCCCCACCCUAUCGUUGCCUUAGCCACCAUGGCCACGCCUCUUCCAGCGGCCAGCGCUCAGUCACGGAGGAUCCGGACUCUGUCCUUACCCAAUCGGAGGCGACUGCCAGAAGGAGUCUGAUCCUCGCAGCGACAGCCCCGCCCCUACAAGUGUUCUGUCAGCACCGACCAUCCAAUAGCAGCCCUGCUGCAACCCAGUCGGUAGAGACAACCAACCAGAGCCCGUCUCACGGUCAGGCCCAGCCGAACUCCGCCCCCGCUGCUCAGCCGCCCCCAGAAAGGCGUUCCUUCACCAGGAAAGUGGUCAACGCCCUUUCAACCAAGGCCCCCAAGUCUCCGCCCCUUGACAUCUCUGACCCUAUUGCAAUUAGCGUACCAGCCAAGGUGUUGGAGAUGAUUGGCGGGCGAGCCGGUGAACUGCCCACCAGCGCUCCCCCAAGCGGCCCCCCCCAGCCCCCUCAAAUGAUCUCCAUGCUGCUGAGGUCAUGUGACUUCCAGCUGAGCGAGAGCUGCCAGCAGGAGAUCCGCAGCAAGCUCGGCCCCCCCCCUGAUAACAGGGUCAGAGUUAUCCCUGGUCCCACAGGCGCUCCUCUGCCCUCUCAGCAGCCCCCCCCUCCCCCUCCCAAGAACCCCGCCCGCCUCAUGGCGCUGGCUCUGGCAGAGAGUGCCAACAAGGCCCUGCGCCAGGGGGCCACGCCCCCUUACCGGCCCCCCCAACCCCGCACCCAGGACCCCCCUGACCCCCGCUACAAGCGCUCCCUCUCGGCGGACACCGGCGAGCUGCUGGCCUCAGACCCUAACCAGCUGUACUCUACAGUGCGCCCCCUGUCUGUGUGGAUGAACCAGGGCACUGCAGAUACCACCGAGACUGGACACACACAGGAAGACAAGACCCCUGGACAGGACACUGGAACGCUGUCAUCUGAGACCUCGGUGUCUGACUCUGUGGCCUCUGAGCUGUCUGCUGGGAGCUCCUCAGGAGAAGACCACACCCCCAGCCCCGUCUACACCAAUCAAAGCCAGGCGUCCAGACCCAGCCCCGCCCAGGCCCAGCCCCACAGGAAACCCCCUGCCUACUCGCGACAGUUUUCUGCCCCCCACCUCCAGCAAAAGUCCACCUCUACACCCACCUCAUCCCAGCCCCCGUCAGCCCAGCCCCCGCCCCAACUGCAGCUCAUCCACUCCAAGUCGGAGAGCUCGCCCCUGUCCCAGGUGAAGUCCUUCCAGCCCACCAGGCCCAAAGUGCCCCCCAAGCCCCUGGACUUGGCUGUGCAGCGAGACCAGCCUCCCCAGCGCCCCCUGCUGGCCAAGUCAGACCUGCGGCGCUCUCUGGACUCAGGCAGGGUCAGACGGAUGUUUAGUCAGCCGCAGGGCAACCCUCCCCUGGCUCGAGCCUACUCUGAACGCCACUCUGGACCUCCAGACAUGCUGGCCCGGUACUACGCUGCCAGGACAGCCGGUCAGCCGGCCCCUGGACCCCAGCCCCCCACCCCCCCGCAGCAGGCCCACAUCCGGCCUGUACCUCCUUCCUCCUCAGACGACCCAGGAAAGGGCGAGAACUUUUACUACGAGAUCGCAGGGCCCGAACCUCCGCAGGGCCCACCCAGCUACGCACGCCACUCCUACCAGAACAUGAGGCUUGACCUGGAGGGCAACUUCCGCCCCACGCCCCAGCACGCUCACCCAGACCCCAGUUCCAGGCCUCUCUCCCGGGGGCACCAGCAACCCCAGCCCCCUUACCCUGGAGCUCAGAGACUCCCCCAGCUCUGGUCCUCGGAGGCAACACGGGCCUGGGCCGCCGCCCACUCUCACAGCCACUCGCAGUCCUUCUCCCAUGGCCACACCCACCAGCGCUCCCACGAAGGGCCCCGGCCGCGCCCCCAGCGCCAGUCCUCCUCCUCCGUGCGCCAGGCUCGUAGUGAGGUGCAUCCCCUCCCCUCCUCCUCCAUCGUGCCGCUGUCUGUUCACCAGCGGAGCCCGCAGCUCCGCCAGCCCGACGUCACCGCCUCGCAGCUACACCCCUACUUUGAAAACGGGAGGGUGUGCUACCGCCCCCAGUCUGAGGAUCCCCCCCUCACAGCCCAGCACCCCCAGACUGACAGGCAGGCUGGUACGGAGCUGACGGAACCCGUUUAUGUCAACUACCCCUACACCUGCCCCGCUCCUCACCCUCUCACCCCCCGCCCUGACCCUCUCCCCCCUCCCUCUGACCUUAGCACCAGGGGCUGGGCCACCACCAACCUGGACAACACCACCCAGGCCACGACCUCUGACCCCCUCUCAGAGGGGCAGGAGGAGCCCGCCCAACCCUCCUCGGAGAAAGGAGGGUCCACUAGCCUUAGCCCCAUCUCCCCAGACAGCCCCGCUGCCCAGAUGGACCAGACCCAUGGUUUCUCCCCACCCCUGGGACUCGAGGGGCAGUCCGGCCAGUUCCUCCCUGCUUCCACAGCUUCUCCUGGGGCCCAUUACCGCAGUCGCUCUGACCCCCAGAGUUCCAGCAACCAUGAGCCCAGGAUGGAGGGCAGGGUCAAUGUUCCAGUGGAGGGCCCCCAGUGCCUGUCAGGAAAGGACAUUGCCUCUUUGUUGAUAGAGAAGCUGGUGGAGGAAGAGAGGGCCGAUAGGGUGGACCCUUCCUCUAACAUGACUUCUUCCUCUGCCUCCUCCUCUUCCUCCCCCCAGCUGGACCACCCCGCCAACCCCUAUUCCCACCACCCCUCCCAGCCCCCUCCGGCCUACAACGUCUACACCCCCGGCCCCUCGCGCUCGCGUGCCUCGGUGGGGGGGGCGGGGGGGGGCUUUCACAGGCAGGACCCUCUGCGACGCUCCUCCUCGGGGGGGCAGUACCGCCAAGCCUAUGACGUCAUGCCCUCUGGGGACCAGGUACUCAAGUUCUACAGAUCCACAGACUUAACCCAAGGAGACGUACCCACCCCCAGCCCUAACCCUUACCCCCCUCGGCAGCAGUACCCGGAGCCCCCUUACCCCUCUCGCAGCUCCUACCCCUUUGCCCCCCAACCAAUCACUUCUCCCUCCGCUGCCCUGGCAGGUCUUUCUCUGGGGGGUCCGCGGGCCUUCCCUCCCCAGUACCCUUUCCAGCCUGGUCCUGUGCUGGGCCAGUACCCUAACGCCCCCCAUCGGGAUCUUACCCCCGACUCCUCCCAAAGGCCUCCGGGCCUCCGCAAUCAGAGGGGCUUAGCCCGGCAGGGAAGCUUGCCCGGACCUAACUGGACCAUCCACACUGAGGGCCAGACACGCAGCUACUGCUGAGACCAGCCCUGGGCCCUCACAUGCAGAUACGCACCCUGACAUGCAGGUACAGGCCCAGAUAUGCAGGUACAGGCCCAGACAUGCAGGUACGGGCCCAGACAUGCAGGUACGCACCCUGACAUGCAGGUACGCACCCUGACAUGCAGGUACGGGCCCAGACAUGCAGGUACGGGCCCAGACAUGCAGGUACGCACCCUGACAUGCAGGUACGCACCCUGACAUGCAGGUACGGGCCCAGACAUGCAGGUACGGGCCCAGACAUGCAGGUACGCACCCUGACAUGCAGGUACGCACCCUGACAUGCAGGUACGGGCCCAGACAUGCAGGUACGGGCCCAGACAUGCAGGUACGGGCCCAGACAUGCAGGUACGCACCCUGACAUGCAGGUACGGGCCCAGACAUGCAGGUACGCACCCUGACAUGCAGGUACGCACCCUGACAUGCAGGUACGCACCCUGACAUGCAGGUACGGGCCCAGACAUGCAGGUACGCACCCUGACAUGCAGGUACGGGCCCAGACAUGCAGGUACGACGUUUGGGUUUUAGUAUUACAUGCUGCACAUGGUGCAACAGCCCAGCCACUAUUAUACUGACACACAGAGCACACACUGGUCCAAAGCAGUGUAGAGGAUGAUCCACACUAGAGAGCCUAAGGUUGGGGUGGGAAUUGUCUUCCUUUAGGGUUGUUUAAAUGGGUCCUGCGUUAGGCUGAGGCAGAUCUGGUUCUGGUUUCAACCCCAACACUUCCUCAGAUCAUCAUAACAGCACACUUUAAACUACUGGACCAAUGGGAGGGAGGGACAUUUGGAUGAAGGUGAAUAGAAUCAAAGAGACAAACCGACAAGUGGCUUAGAUAGAGAACAUUCAUGAGUGGCCUGGGAGGGGGAAAGAGGAGAGAGUGAAAGUGAGAGAGAGAGAGAGAGAGAGGGGGGGGGGGGGGGGGGAGGGAGAGGGAGAGGAAGGGGAUGAGGAGAGAAAAUCAGGUUCUCUGUAGAGUGGGUGCUGUGUGUCUGUAUGGGUGGGGUUGUGAUUGGUUUAGAGAUUUUAGAUUUGACCCCUGAGAUAGGUGGACACAAGGACGUAACUAGUUUUCUUUCCUCACAAGUCCAUCUAAAACUGAUGAUUGGUUGUGAGGGUUCAUAAACUUGACUGAUUGGUUGAUGAUAAUGUGAGUUUUUUAUUUGUAUUAUUGGUUUUACCUUUUUUAUUUAUUUAGUUGUUGCCCUAUGGAUUUUGAAGAAUGCAUGUAAUAUAGAGAAUUGUUUUUUGAAAGAAUAAGUACUGUAUUAUUUCAAUG